AUGUCACUAUCUAGAGUAGGCAUUCGCGUGCUCGAAGCCAUGAGAUCCGCAAUCGGAUGGGCUGCACGCAGGAAGAUGGAACCGUUCUCUGCGCCAGACAUGGAGCGGAUUCCAGCCUUCCGAGAGGAAGACCGUGUCACAAGCACUUCAUCUCACUGGAUGGUCGAAAACAACGACGCCGACAUGUGGGCUGAACGGUUCAGAGUUGCCCUCGCUGCUCCCCACUGUAUCACUCCAGACCACUCUGCUCGUGACCAAGCCUCCAAUACCGAAUCAGUCGAAAGCACAUCUGCGAAUACUGAAGACAUACAAAUGGUCCCACUUGUGCCAAAAAACGCCAUGGAAGAAGCUAUUCGUCUUGAGGCCGACCCCAAAGGCCUGUAUAGCCGUGAUUUGAUAGACACUGCUGGUCUCGUUAAAAACAUCAGAAAGCGACACAGAGACGCCAUUGAGGAACAUAGAAAGGACAAAGACGUCAUGCGGAUAGAGAAAGAAAACCUGCAGCACAGGUUUGAUGAUGAGAAAGAGCGUUUGUGUGGCAUCAUUCGCGGUCAAAAUGAGGCGCUGAAAUCGAGAAAUGAACAACGGCAACAGAUUUGCGACAACAACUGCGAGCUCCAAUUCAAACAUCAAGACUUGCUCGACGACAACAAAGCCAAGGAUAGCCGUAUCAUUGAGCUGAAAGAGAAGGUGGAGGCAACGAUUGAAACAUGCAAUAGAGUCACACAAGGCUCGGUGGUCUCUUUGAAGAUCGCAGAUAAACAGAUGGAGCAUCGGAUUACCCGCAUAAAAAUCAAACAUCAAGAAGAAAUAGCCGAAAUUCGCGGGUGGAAUUCGACACUACAAGAGCGAAUGAAGAUUGCUCGCAGAUUGCAGCCAGUCAUCGUGCUUCACAGGGAUCAGGUGGGUACUGUGUGUAAACUGCAUGAGAGUUUAGUCCAGAUGAAGAUAGCGAAGACGGAGGAACUGGCUGCGAAGGAAAACGAGAACGAGGAACUCCGUGCCCGCAAUGACCGCCAAGAGCGGGAGAUUCGUGAUCUAAAGAUCGUAGCCAAGGCAGAUGGGGAGGUCCUCGAGAAAACCGAUAAGUUGCUAAGCGACACACGGAAGGCCCUCAGCGAAGCCAAAGGCAAGAUCGAGAACCACCAACGCGAGGUUACAACUUUGAACAAGUGGGGAAAGGUGUGGGAGAAUGGUUACCGUUCUAAAGACAAAGAAUACACGACGCUCGAGAGUGAGAUGAAUACUCUAAGGGCAAAUCAGCGCAUGGAACUUAUCAGAGCUGAGGCUAAGAAUGAAGGUCUGCAAACAAGGGUUGAUUCUCUUCAGAUAGCCAAGGAUAGAAUGGAUAAAGACUUGGAAUGCUGGGAGAACGGGCACGGUGGCAGUCCGAGGUCGUCCAAGCCAUAUCAUAAAGACAAACAACCAGGAGAAGACGCAGAAUCCUUGGCAAAGGGGUUGAAGGCUGAGAACGCUAGAGCAGAUGCACUUCAAAACAGUGUUAAUGCCCUGCAAGCAGAGAAAGAUGUCUUGGAGAGACAGCUAGGAAUUGCGGCGAAUGCAUACAAUCCGCAAAUCCAGGAGCAAGUGAAGCGCCUACAGAGCGAAAACCAGAGAUUGGGCAAGACGGCAGAGGAAGCAGCACUGCUGAAGAUAGAACUGGAGGCGGAAUUCGCAGCUGCCGAGAAGGAGCGCGAAGAUCGACUCACUAAUAGGACGAAAGAGCUCGAACUCGGCUUCGAGAACUUUGACAAGCUCCGUGACCAAUGGCUUUUGCACAAGCGAGGCCUGGAGGAAGAACACGAUAGGGAGGUUGUUGCUGACAAUCUCCGGUGUCAGAUCGAACGCCAAAAGCUAGAAGCCCAACUGAAGGCAGUCUCGGAGGAAAAAGAGAAGGAGAUACUGCGCGAAAAGGAAGACUUGCAGAGCCAGAAAGCUGAGCUGGCAACGCAAGUGAGAAACCUUCAUUCCGACGGCCAAAACCUCGUCAAGAUGAAGGCUCGAGCCCAUAAAGCCGAGAAAGAGGUACUCGAACUUCAGGUGGCCGAGGCCAAUAACCGAAACCAUCGAGACUCGAUUCAACGAAAUCUGGAGAAUGAACUUCAGAGCCAGAGACGAGACGCACAGCGUCACUUGGACCUCCUCAACGAAGAAAUAUACACGAUGGCGGAAGAUCCAAGACUACUGGAUCUUCACAACGAACUCCAGAGAGCAAAUUGUAGCAUGAAUAUUUUUGACUACAAUGUGACAUAUGUUGGGGUGAACAGCGAGGCUUUAGGCCAAAAUAUGUUCGGUGCGGACUUCUGUGAUUCGGAUGUGCGUCUCCUCCAAGAUGCAGGACGACCUGUGCUUCUCGCACAACUCCAAGCGGCGAAGCGGACAUUGAAUGAAUUGGGACGUCUCCUGGCCGAGAAUCCUGAGGUCGACAUGGACAAGGCUCUCUCACUCGUUAGGGCACCGCGAGGUGACGAGGAUGCCGCUCAACCAGUCGAUGAUAUCUUCGACCUAUGGAACGAAACUGAACAACCUGCGCCUCAAUCAAACCCGCGGAAGCGCUCCGGAGCGCCUUUAGGCCACCCAACAUAUGGCGACCAUCAGGACAACCCCGCUUUCGAUGACUGGGGAGUCCAAGACCACGAGGUUUCAAUGGGCGCUAGACUCUCUACGCCGGAGGACAUUUCGAACCGACACAAAAUUCUACCAAAGUCUCGUCUCAACGGAGGACCAACCUUCGUUCCUCUCGAGAAUAUAGACCCAGCAAUUCGCGACCAGUGA